CUCAAAGACUACAUAAUUCACGGGAUAGACGCAGCGUCUUUUCCAGAAAGCCGAAGGUUGAGAGUCCUUCGCCAGGGGCAUAUCAGCGGCAACCAAAGCAUAAAAAGAGAAGAUUCUUACGACUGAAAUGAACAACUCCACGACAAAUCUUCAAAUCGGCCAAUCAGAGUGUUUUUCUGCUGUCCCUUCUACCGUCUUCACAGUCGCUCUUUCAGUGAUCACUGUUGUAGCAUUUUCAGGAAACUUCCUCCUAAUUGCAGCCUUCCUCAGAGCUUCAAACCUGAAAACAAGUUCUAAUUGGUACAUUAUCAACAUGGCCAUUUCGGAUGUGGUAAGCGUGCUCCUUAAUUGGCCGCUCUAUGCUACGGAAGGGAUGUUAAAGCCUGGAGGAAGCUUAAUUACUAAUCAAGCAAUCGCUACCUUUUUCUGCAAGUUGGGAAUUUAUUCUAGAGCUGUAUUGUACGUGGUGUCGAUUGAGAGCUUGGUGUUAAUAUCUGUGGAUAGAUUCAUUGCGAUUGUGUUUCCACUAAAGGCCAUAAAGAUCACUGCCAGGGUUCGGAAAAUUCUUCUUCUUUUAAGCUGGCUUUUUCCUGUGUGUGGUGCCAUACCAUACUUUUAUCAUUCUAAAAUCUUACUCGAAGGGAGACAGACGUUUUGUAGAAACUUUAUGAACACGUUACUUUUUAAAGUGUAUCAAUUCGCAAGUUUCAUUUUAUUUUAUUUUGCACCUCUGGUUGUACUAUUAGUUGUUCAUUAUAUUGGUUUUGAGCAUCUAAAGAGGCGAUUCGUGUUUGAAAUCAGCAGUAAUAAAGGCAGCACGCAUGCACUGAGAUCCAAAGAAAACCAGAACAUUUUGAAAAUCUUUCGAGCGGUGACUUUGGGAUUUUUCAUGUGCUGGACGCCUCUUUAUAUUUAUUUGAUUCUAAAAUCGUCACAUCCAACAAUUGUUCUGAAUGACAAAUGUCUUUUAUUUAUUGGUUUGUUAUACUAUGUAUUUCCAUUGAUCAGUACAGCAGUCAACCCAUUUAUUCUGAUUUCACUUAGUUCUAAUUAUCGUGCAGCCGUAAAAGACGUGCUCGCUAAAUGUUUUGCUGUCUUUAAGUGUCGCAACAACAAAAUUUAUAGUACAGAACAAGUCAUAGACCUUCGAUGAUAGAUAGUUAUAAAUUCGAAGGUAAUUUGAUGCGUUCUUGAACGGGAAAGGGUUUUGUUAAGUAAAUAAUAAUAGCAAAAAUGAUAAAAUAACAGACAUGUUUUGCGCCUAAGAGCUCCGCUAUUAACUUGGAGCUCAUAUGCACGACCGGAUCCCUAUACCUAAGAACAUUUGGUCACGGCCGAACUAAAAAUUAUCAUAAGUAGACGAUGUAUUAUGUUAAACAAAGCGUAGGAUAUCAAACAAAUUGUUGACUAUCUUGUUAUUUUUCAAUAAAAACUUAGAGGGUUAAAAUUCCUACAGAUGGGGUAACAAUAUAGGGUAGGGUCGCAUUUCACGACUGCAUUGACUUUUAUGGCAUUGCAUUUUCAGUAGAGUUACUAGAAUGGGGUUACAUAUUUUUGAGAUUUUAGGCGUAAGAAAAUUAUGGCAAGUAAGGAUGCAUAAACAGGAAAAUUUAUGGUUAAAAAGUUGUUACCUUAUUAAAUAUUUAAUA